UCAUUGGCGGAAAGUUCCCCGCGAAAACUACGUCACACACAGUUUCGCGCCACAUCUGCAACAGAUAGACGCCUUUACAAGAAGAGAUAUCCCAUCAAACAUGUCUUCUCCUGCUUCAACACCUGGCGGACGCAAACGUGGGAGAAAUGCCAACCCUGCCACACCAAGCAGUGAGGGCCCCAUCUCGCCUCCCUCUCAGAGACGUCGGGGCCAGGACUCCUCUGCUGGUGACCUGAUGCCGUUACCAACCUCUCCUGCUACAGAUCUUCUCAGUCCUGCUGCCCCACAGGAUACCUCUUUGUUCUCUAGCCCCAGACCAUCAGUUGUGCCAAAUGAAGUGGACAUGAGUUCUCCCUUGAUGUAUGGGACACCAAGCUCUACUCCGCGAGGUGGCACACCAGCAAGACAGCGCCCUGAUCUGGGGUCAGUGAGGAAGGCUCCUCAGGUUGACCUGCAUUCGGAUCAGCCAAACGCAGACGGCACGGCAGCUAGCGAGCCAAAUGCUGGCCACAGGCUGGUGAUCUGGGGGACUGACGUCAACGUCGGAACCUGCAAGGAGAAGUUCCAGAGGUUUCUGCAGAGGUUCAUCGACCCGGCCUCCACUGAGGACGAGAACGCUGGUCUGGAUCUGAAUGAGCCGCUCUACAUGCAGAAGCUGGAAGAGAUCAGUGUGGUUGGUGAUCCCGUCCUGAACGUGAACUGUCGACACAUCCAGUCAUUCGAUGCAGAGCUGUACAGGCAGCUCAUCUGCUAUCCACAGGAAGUCAUUCCAACCUUCGACAUGGCAGUCAAUGAGCUUUUCUUUGAGCGUUUCCCCGAUUCGGUCCUGGAGCACCAGAUCCAGGUCCGCCCUUACAAUGCCCUGAAGACCCGAAACAUGAGGAGCCUGAACCCAGAAGACAUCGAUCAACUGAUCACCAUCAGCGGCAUGGUGAUCCGCACCUCGCAACUCAUCCCAGAGAUGCAGGAGGCGUUCUUUCAGUGCCAGGUGUGCGCCUUCAGCGCUCGCGCGGAGGUGGAUCGCGGCCGAAUCGCAGAGCCAGCCGUGUGUCGCCACUGCAACACCACCCACAGCAUGGCGCUCAUUCACAAUCGCUCACUCUUUUCAGACAAACAGAUGAUCAAAAUCCAAGAGUCCCCCGAAGACAUGCCGGCAGGUCAGACGCCACACACCACUAUUGUUUAUGCUCACAAUGACCUGGUGGACAAAGUGCAGCCAGGAGACAGAGUGAACAUCACAGGCAUCUACAGAGCAGUUCCGAUGCGUGUUAACCCCCGUCAGAGCAGUGUGAAGUCGGUCUACAAGACUCACAUAGACGCCAUCCACUUCCGGAAGACGGAUGAAAAGCGCUUGCACGGUGUGGACGAGGACGGAGAGCAGAAGCUCUUCACUGAGGACCGCGUGAAGACCCUGAAGGAGCUGGCGGCCAAGCCCGACGUCUACGAGCGCCUCUCCUCUGCUCUGGCGCCCAGCAUCUAUGAACACGAGGACAUCAAGAAGGGCAUCCUGCUGCAGCUGUUCGGCGGCACCCGCAAAGACUUCAGUCAGACAGGCCGCGGACACUUCCGUGCCGAGGUCAACAUCCUCCUGUGCGGAGACCCCGGCACUAGCAAGUCCCAGCUGCUCCAGUACGUCUACAACCUGGUGCCCCGUGGCCAGUACACCUCAGGAAAGGGCUCCAGCGCCGUAGGUCUCACCGCCUACGUGAUGAAGGAUCCGGAGACCAGGCAGCUGGUCCUGCAGACGGGUGCCUUGGUGCUGAGCGACAACGGCAUCUGCUGCAUCGACGAAUUUGACAAGAUGAGUGACAACACGCGAUCUGUGCUGCACGAGGUCAUGGAGCAGCAGACCCUCUCCAUCGCCAAGGCGGGGAUCAUCUGCCAGCUGAACGCCCGCACCGCUGUGCUGGCGGCUGCAAACCCUGUCGAGUCUCAGUGGAACCCCAAAAAGACAACAAUCGAGAACAUUCAGCUGCCUCACACUUUGCUGUCCAGAUUUGACCUGAUCUUCCUGAUGCUGGAUCCCCAAGAUGAGGCGUACGACCGUAGGCUUGCUCACCACCUGGUGUCCCUGUACUACCAGAGCGAGGAGGAGAUUGAGGAAGAGUUUCUGGACAUGGCCGUGUUGAAGGACUACAUCGCAUACGCGCGGACGUACAUCAAUCCCAGACUGAGCGAAGAGGCCAGCCUGGCCCUCAUUGAGGCUUACGUUGACAUGAGGAAGAUCGGCAGCGGUCGCGGGAUGGUGUCUGCCUACCCCAGGCAGCUGGAGUCCCUCAUCCGCUUGGCAGAGGCGCACGCUAAGGUACGCUUCUCAGAGAAGGUGGAAACCAUCGAUGUGGAGGAGGCCAAGAGGUUACAUAGAGAGGCCCUCAAACAGUCAGCCACCGAUCCCAGGACGGGAUUUGUCGACAUCUCAAUCCUGACAACCGGUAUGAGCGCUACGGCCCGCAAACGUAAGGAGGAGGUGGCCCAGGCACUGAAGAAGCUGAUUGAGACCAAAGGCAAGACGCCAGCCAUGAAGUACCAGCAGCUCCUGGAUGACCUCAGGGGACAAUCUGAAACUGCGAUUACCAAGGAGCUCUUUGACGAGGCGCUGCGGGCCCUGGCUGAUGACGACUACCUGACGGUCACCGGAAAGACCGUACGUCUCCUCGCCUGAGGCGGCGCUUCUGUAAAGUCCUUCAUUUAAAAUCCUGUUGGUUCACGUGUAUAAAGUAAAGCAAUUUGAGUAAAA